AAAGAGAGCGUGAUUUUACAAACUAAAUACCUGAAUAAGGAAGUAUCCCCAAGAAAACCUCCCUUAUUUUUCAAGCGAUUGCAAGGAAUGCAGAGCUCCAACAAGGCGAUAGCGGAGGGGCGCGCGGGGGCGCUGGGUGUCCGGACGCGUCGUUGCCCGGGGUCGCCGUGGCGCGCCGCGGCGCCACUGUCGCCCGUUCGCCGACGCUCGACCCGUUAUUCGAGUAUCGAAACCUGCGCCGACGCCGGAAUCACACAAGUCCUGCGCAACAAUAUUUACAAACAGUGCAUAGUGAUAUAGUGACAUAGUUUACCGCAUCACAGCAAUCCAAAUUCCAAUAAACUAAAUAACAAGUGAGUUUGGCAGAUAAAAGUCAUUCGAUUAAAGACACGGGUUCAUCGACUCCAAAGUCGAGUAGCAGAGUUGCAGUAGCAAGGGUCUACGAGCGUCGGGUCUACGGGGAGCGUCGUCGGCGGCGUUGCGGAGGCGGCAGACAUCGAGGCGGCGUCAGCAGCAGAUCCACAUCUUCGGGAGCCAACCGCGACUGGACGCGGCUACGUUAUCUCUGCUACCCUAAUCUUCGCUAUCUCAUCUCUGUUACUCGUGCGUUCUGGAGCUUUUUGUUACAUGCGAGCCCGCUGUCGCUAGAGCGAUGCCGGCCGAGGAAGAACCCGCGGCGAUGGAGAGCCGGGACUUGGACGGUUCGCCCCAGCAAUUCUGUCUGAGAUGGAACAACUAUCAGAGCAACCUCGCGAACUGCUUCGACCAGCUGCUGCAGACAGAGUCGUUCGUCGAUGUGACCCUCGCGUGCGACGGUCAGAGUCUGAAGGCGCACAAGGUGGUGCUGUCGGCUUGCAGCCCUUACUUCCAAUCGCUGUUCAUGGACAAUCCGUGCCGGCACCCGAUCAUUAUCAUGCGGGACAUUAAGUACUGCGACCUGAAGGCGGUGGUGGACUUCAUGUACCGCGGGGAGAUCAACGUGUCGCAAGAUCAGAUCACGGCGCUGCUGAAAGUGGCCGAAACGCUGAAGAUCCGCGGGCUGACGGAUGUGAGCGGAGAGCACGCUGUGCUACGGCCUGGAGGUGGCGUGGAGCCCCGGGUGCCCAAGAGGCCCGUUAGCUGUGACACUGAUACACCGGCGAAGGCCCGCCGUUGCGCGUCCUCUGAGCACGAUCGCAGCCCUCGAGGCUCGCCGGGCACGCCGGCCGCCGGCUCCGACUUACCGCAGGCCGCCGCCGCCCCCGGGGACCCGGCCGCCCAUGGUGGACCCUCGCUGGCCGCGCUGCACGCCGAGGACGUCGACAUCCGCCCCGGCAUCGCCGAGAUGAUCCGCGAGGAGGAAAGGGCUAAACUACUGGAGAAUUCCCACGCUUGGCUUGGUGCGUCUACAUCAUCUAUUGCAGCAGACAGCUACCAAUACCAACUUCAGUCGAUGUGGCAGAAGUGCUGGAAUACCAACCAAAGCCUGGUGCACAACCUUCGCUUCCGCGAGCGUGGGCCCCUCAAGUCCUGGCGCCCAGAGACCAUGGCCGAAGCCAUCUUCUCCGUGCUGAAAGAAGGGCUGUCGUUGUCCCAGGCAGCGAGGAAGUACGAUAUACCAUACCCGACCUUCGUACUUUAUGCGAAUAGAGUCCACAACAUGCUGGGCCCGAGUGCUGAUGGGGGAGCAGAUUUGAGGCCUAAAGGCCGUGGCCGCCCGCAGCGCAUCCUGCUGGGCGUGUGGCCCGACGAGCACAUCCGCGGGGUCAUAAGGGCUGUUGUGUUCCGCGACACUCACGCGCCCCACGCUGGCCACCACAUCAAGGAAGAGGUCCUGCCCGUCUAUCCCGCUAUCACGGAUGGCAUGGCUGUGCAAAACGCCUACGGCGCCGUAGCUUGCGGCAACGGUCGCGAGGGUGGCGUGUCGCCGAACGCGGCGGCUGCGGCUGCAGUCGCCGCCGUGGCCCACGGGCUGCGUCGGCAGAUGUGCAACAUGGUGGUCGCCGCUCAGAGGCCCCCCGACCACCCGCCGCACUUAGGCCUGCCGCCGCUGCCGCUGCAGUCGCCGCGGCUGCCGUCGCCGCUCUCUGCCGGCCUGGAGUCCCCACUGUGCUCCCCGCCACCACCUGGCCACGCUCUCGAACCCCCCAAACCUGCCGAUCCGUUCCGCCCGUUCGCCUCGCCUCGACCCGACAGUCGCUAUGGAGAACGUGAUGUCGUCGCUGAAAUUACUGAUAUGGGCCCGCCCAAGACUCCAAUCCCGAUCGCUAAGAAUGGCAAGGAACUGCCUAGCCCGGUGCCAGUGCCGGUGAAGAUGGAGGCCCCGCCGGCGGAGACGCGCGCUGAGAACAUCUGAAGCGAGGCCGCGGGCGCGGCACCGGCGCACGCGCAUGUUGGCGCGCCGCCACCGCCGCUGCCCGCAUACCCCUACUUCGUGCCCAGCCGUAACUCCAUCAGCUACUUCUAAACGUAGCGAGCCGGCCGGCCAGCAGUCUGUAUACGAGCACAUUCCACGGCCGCGCACAGACGGCCCACACACGGCCCACGACACUGUCACACGAGUAGGCGAGGCGACACGCGUAUUUAAUCAUUUGAUUCGUUUCGGCAUUAUUUCACAUUCAUAUUUAAUUAUUAUUUAAAGUGGACUCGCUGUGCAAUAUAAUGCUUGUUGUUUAGUUAUGAAUUUUGUAUUAUUAUUAUGAAAGAUUAUUUUUAGUUUAAUUAUUAUUUUUUGUAUACUAUUGUCGUUUAUGUAAUGUGUUCCAGUGACAUGUUUAAUUAUUUUUGUUAAUAUUAGCAAAGUGAUAGGUGUGCGGGGCGGCGAGUGUGCGGCGAAUACUCCAAAAGUUCCACGCGCGACGUCGCGCGGCGCCGCGUGUCGACGCAAGACGUCGUGCGCGCCCGCACUCGGCGCCCCUUCCCAUACACCUACUCACAAGUAGAAUGUCUGACAUAAAUGUAAGCUUAACUAAUAAACGUUACGAUUUAGAUCCAUCUGUGAACGUAGGGAGAUCAAAAUUAUAAUAUUUGGCCCGAUUUCAAAAGACUGUUCGGUAUACCUAUUCAUUGUAAUUCACCAACAUAUUGUAUAAGACAAAAUUAUAAAUUAAUAGUCUUAGCUGUAUUCGAAUAGAUAUUUCAAUUGUCGUCAGAUCGAUGUCAAUUUCUCUAAUAGGAAUUAUAGUGAAUGUGUGUUGUUGCUUGCGGGUACGUCCGCGCAGUCCGCCGCGUACCCCGCGUACCCCGCGUACCCCGCGUACCCUGCGCACCCAGCGCACCCCGCGUACCCUGUGUACCCCGCGUCCUAUGCUUCGCGGUUCGCGUCUCGUAUUCCUGCCGCGUCUUAGACUUGCAUUGACGGUAUAUCCAGUCCCUGUGGGUAACGCUCGCAUAGCUAUUUACAGAGUUAUCCUAUUGAUAGUUACAUCUGUGUAACAAAAAAAAUAACUCCGAUCUUCAGAUGA